CGCCCUACUCUUAAACUCGAAUGAAUGGACCAUCUCCGCCGACGAACUUCAUAGUGUUUCAAUCAACUCUCAAUUCAAAAAGGGUUAUUAAGUAAAAUUUUGGGUCUUUUUUUUUUGGCUUGAAAAUUUUAUGGAGAAAUGCGAGAGCAUAUUGGAAGCGAUCUGCGAAGAGGAUGAUUUAGGAGAUGGGGGAGAUGUGGAGAUGCUUGAUGUAGAAGAAGGGGAGCUCGUGGAUGGUAACUCCGUAAAUGAUCGAGACAAAAGCGGCUUCGCAGAUGUUAAUGGUGAAAAUCAAGGGUCCCAAAGUAAAAAUAAGAAGCGGAGAAGUAAUAAGAAGAAGAACAAGAAAAAAAAGAGUGGUUCAGGACCUAAACCUUUGGAUAUUAACAGGUUUGUGUUAGAUACUUGUAGACGGUUAAAAGAGAAGAAGUCAUACAUGGUGUACACUGCUGUGGGAUGUUUGGGGAUUUCUGCACUGAGUGAUCUUGUUAAAGAGGUGGAUGCAAUUCAAUCUUGUGGAGGUCAGAUGACUGCUGAUGGCCGACGAUGUCGGACAGGUGGUGGCAUAUUAUGGAAUAUCAUAAAAGCACGAGAACCAGCUGCUUAUCGAGAAAUAAUGAAAAAGGCCAAGGAAUUUGAGAAGCACUUUAAGCAACAAUAUGUCAGACAAGCACCAGCACAGAGCAAAGAGAUCUCUUCUCAAGAAACUACACGCUCGAAUGGAACUGCAGCAAGUGUUCCACAAGAUGCUGGACUUAUUCCUAAUGACCCGACAGAAGAGUUCAGUGCCGAAGGAACACGCAAAUCUGUUCAUGAAAGAAUUAGGGUCCCUGUUUCAUAUGAAGACCUUCUAGGAGAGGAUUCAAAAGACCAUUAAUUUGAGCAUUUUCAAAAUAUUGAAACUUUGCUUGGCAUCAAUUUUGCAUGUAUAGAUUUGUUGAUAAAAAGGGGUUUUACAUUA